AAUUGCACAGAGCGUUUCAUCACGGGUGGGAAGGGCUUAUUAAGAAGCUGAGAAACUGGAAUUUGUUCCCUUUGUAAGAGGCUCACACAGGUUAGAACGCUGUAGGAAUAGGACAAUGGGGCGGCUGCUGCUGCUGCUGGGUCUGAUUGCUCUAUCUGGAAUUGCCUGCUCCUCAGCUCAAAAUACAGAAGUGCCACAUGAUGCCAACACAGAAGACGACCAUGUGACAACACAAAAUUAUGAAACAACUGAUACCACAACAGUAACGACCUCUGCUCCUGAAAACUCUACCUCUGAUACAUGGGAGGAACUACAUCCUCAUAAAACUACAGCCUGUCCCACAAAUGACUUUGAAACAACCACUUCAAGUGAUAAUCUUGGCUCAGAUGUUCAGCUGGAGCAAGGGGCUGAGGAUAAGGGGGAAGUGGGGCCUGAUGGGGGUGAAGCGGGGCCUGAUGAGGGUGAAGCGGGGCCUGAUGAGGGUGAAGCGGGGCCUGAUGAGGGGAUAGCGGGGCCUGAUGAGGGGAUAGCGGGGCCUGAUGAGGGGAUAGCGGGGCCUGAUGAGGGGAAAGCGGAGCCUGAUGAGGGGCCUGAUGAGGGGAAAGAAGAGGGGCCUGAUGAGGGAAAAGAGAGGCCUGAUAAGCUGAAGGAAGGGGUGGAUGAGGAGCACUCAGGUGAAGUUGAUCCUUCUAAACUUGUCCUGGAUGAUAACAAUGAAGUAGAACAAGAAAGCUGUGAUGAAAAUGCGUCACUGGAGGAAAUGCGCAAAUUUUCUCAAGCAAUUACAUUCUUCAGCAUUGACCUGUUGAAAGAAAUUGAUCCAGAAUCCAAAAAGCCCAGUGUGGUCAUGUCGCCAUUUAGCAUUGCUUUAGGAUUACUCCAGUUGUCACUAGGUGCUGGAAAAGAGAUGCAGAACAAGUUAAUGGAGACACUCCAUGUGGAGUCAUUGCACUGCCUCCACAACAAGCUAAAAACUGUCAGGAAGGAGCUCUCAAAAUCCAUUCUGAGAACUGCUACCCGCAUAUAUCUAAAGAAAGGUUUUCAAAUAAAAGACUCGUUUUUAAAAAGCUCUGAGAAGUGGUAUGGAUCAAAGCCUUUGCAUCUGGGGGGCAGCAAAAAGAAGAAUCUGGAAUCCAUCAACAAAUGGGUCAAGGACAUUACGGAAGGCCAGAUCCCACAUUUCCUCUCUGAUCUCCCACAAGAUGUCUUGCUAAUUCUGCUGAAUGCUAUGCAUUUUAAAGGAGUUUGGAAAAAUACAUUUGACCCCAGUUUAACUUCUGAGGAUUCUUUUUACAUCAAUGAUGACAUGAGUGUUCCAGUGGAGAUGAUGAGCGCUCAGAAAUAUCCUUUCAGUUGGUUCUUCCUGGAGAGCAUUGAGAGUCAGGUAGCUAAAUUCCAGUUCAAGGGAAAUAUGAGUUUUGUUGUCCUAAUGCCUUACAGUUCAACCUGGAACCUCUCAAAGCUUCUAGCCAAUUUUAGUCAAUCUGACCUCUACAGUCGGUUCCCCAGAGAGAAGAACACUAAUCUAAAAAUGCCUAAACUAAACUUGGACUACAAACUGGAGCUUCGCAACCCUCUAACAAACCUUGGACUUGGACAGCUAUUUACUAAUCCAGAUUUAAGUGGAAUAACCAAUGAGGCAUUGGUCGUGUCCAGUAUCCAACACCAGUCAAGCCUAGAGCUGAAUGAAGAAGGAGUCGAAGCAUCUGCAGUCACAGCUGUUAUCACAUCUCGUUCGCAUUCAGUUUACCGUAUCAAUCGCCCAUUCCUAUUCUUCCUCUUCGAGGACACCAUGGGCAUUCCGCUAUUUAUGGGGCAUGUCCGUAAUCCUAACCCAGGAUUUCAGAAGACCGGUUUCAAAGACCCUAAAAACUUUGAUAAGGGCUUCUUACCAAAAUAAGAAUUCUUAUGUACAAAGAAUAGGUGACUCCAUCCUGCACGGCUGAGCAUGUAACAGUCAUUUAUCAAGCUUUCAGAUUUAAUUUUUAUGUUUUUUGAUGAGGCAAAAUAGGGGAGGAUACUCAGGGUCUGCCUAGUAUGUCUUCGAUUUUGCAGCUAAAAGAUCUUGGAAGUGAAAGGUGGUAAAUAUAGUAAGGAGGGAAUCCAAAUGUUUUGUAUUUAAGAUUAACUCAUUGCUGUGUGCCUGUUUAUAGUGCUCACGUGGGCUAUACCAAUACAGGACUUUACAAACCUAGGUUAUCCAAACAGUUUGUAUUAUGUGCAGAGGCCAAAUUUGUGUGGUUUUUUGUUUUGUUUUUUUUACCCUUGCCGCAUCCAUAGUCUUCCCUACAACUUGACUACUGAUGGCAAAACUGGUAUUUAUCAUUUUAUGUUUGUCCAAUCUGUGGGCUGCAUGGGAAAUGUUUUAAUCUGUUUUAAUAAAUUUUUAUUGUGAACAGCUUAAA